CACAAAUGCAACGUUAUUAAAGUUUCCAGAUCGAAAACUGCUCUCUAGUCUCUACUCUACAAGACUUAUGAUUGACACUGACAGUGAGGAUGAGCUGCCGCCAGGCUGGGAGGAAAAACUAUCAGAUGAAGGAAAAAUUUACUAUGUGGACCACAAUCAUAAAGUCACACAAUGGGAACAUCCAAAAUCAGGUCACGUGAAAAGAAUUGCUCAAGAGCUGCCUUAUGGCUGGACAAAAGAGAUUUGCCAUGAAAAUGGAAAUGAAAUCUUCAAGAAUUCUCGAGAUAACAAAACUUCACUUGUCGAUCCCAGACUGGCCUACCCCAUAUCCGACAAUGAAAAUAUAAAGCAGGGGUCUUUUAAUCUAAACCAUCGAUAUGAUGGGUCAACAACUGCUUUCACAGUGCUUCAAAGUCGAGAUCUCACUGGCACCAACGUAAUUGUCACUGGUGGAAACUCAGGAAUUGGAUUUGAAACAGCCAGGGCCCUGGCGUGUUUUGGAGCUGAUGUUGUGAUUGCCUGUCGAAAUAUGAAGUCAGCCAACCUCAAAGUAUGUGAAAUAAGAAAGGAGUGCAAGGCUGCCACUAUCUCUUCAAUGAUGUUGAACCUCUGCAGAUUAAUUUCUGUUGAAAAGUUCGCACAGGCUUACAAACAAAAAUAUAAGAAACUGCACAUAUUGAUAAUAAACGCCGGAAUUUUCUGGCUGCCAUAUGACUGCACACCUGAUGGUUACGAAAGAACAUUCCAGACAAAUUAUCUCGGUCAUUUCUACUUAAUUAGGCUACUGAGAUCUCUGCUCUUCACAUCUGCCCCAUGUAGGAUUGUCUUUCUUACCUCUGAAUCUCAUCGUUUCUCAGAUUUGAACAGCAAAACCAUAUGUGAGAGCAUACUCUCUCCAACGACUCCUGAUCUCUACCAUCCCAUCCUCAACUUCAACAUCUCCAAACUCUGCCUCACUGUCCUCUGCUACGAACUGCACAGGCGGUGGUACCAUUAUGGAAUUGGAUGUUUUGCGGUGCAUCCAGGAAAUUUAGUGAAUACAAACAUAUGUCGGUAUAAUUGGCUUGGAACGAUAUUAAUGUUUCUGGCCAAACCAUUCUCCAAAACUGCGGAGCAGGGUGCGGCCACUGCAGUCUACUGUGCCACGAGUCGUGAUCUGAACAAACUUGGUGGCAUGUACUUCAUCAAUUGCAUUCCUGUUGACCCUCUACCCGAUGUCGUUGACCUCGACCUUGCCCUCUCCCUCUGGCAACUUAGUAGGAACAUGGUAGCCAAAGCUGCCACUUUGAGUGGAUGUGGUGGGCUGGGGGAUGGUUUUGAUUCGAAUGUCAACAGGAUGUUUAAGACUGUUGAUGAAGUGUGCAUUGAGGUCUGAAAAUGAAUCUGUAGUUUUUCCUUUUAAAUAAUUUUUUAUAUUAACUUAUUUCUCCAAUCGUGUUUGUUACUUUUAAAAUUUUGUUUUAACUUUUUAAGCCCAGCUCUAGUCACUUCAUUGUUAAUAAAACCAACGAAACAAAA